CCCCGUGCGUUAUCGCUUUCCGCGCUCUGUUCCUCGUCCACGCAUCCAUCGCUCCGUAUCGUAUAUAAACCUCCUGGAGAAUCGUCGGAGUGAAAGUGACAAUCGGCAAAAGUCCAAUCCGAGCACGCUCCAAGCAAACUUGCAAGAUUGAGUGUGUUUCCCUCGAUCAAAGAAAGGAGACGAAAAGUGGAAAAUAAAAUAAAAGGAAAAUGGGCGUCUUGAAGAAUCCAGCAAUUUUCCUCUUCGGCGUUGUCGUUUUGGGGGCACUCUACGUAGACGGAUUUCCGGACGGUGCACCCGUCGACGUUUGCGUAAAGCCUAAACCGAAUCGUCCCUAUCACGGGAAAGCCGAAGCCCAGCCCUUGGCUUCGAGUCCUUAUCAGAUAACGGCUUCAUCGGGAACUUACCAACCAGGAUCAGAAAUUACCGUGACGAUUCGCGGCUCGUCUUUCCGUGGCUUUUUCCUGCAAGCACGAGACGCCAAGACCGAUGCCUGGGUCGGUACCUGGGCGCAGACACCGAACACGAAAGCUCACGACGAGUGCAGCGCGAUAACUCAUGCCGAUCCUCGUGACAAACAGGAAGCGACUCUUAUCUGGAAGGCACCUUCCAAUUCCGGAGGACAAGUUUACUUCACUGGCAGCAUCGUUAAGGAUUACUCGACGUUCUGGGCUGAUCUCGUGGCUCAAAAUCCCUAGGGAUCGAUUGACUUGAUCCGACUCGAGGGGAACCACACGACGCAGACAUACGUAUAAAAAUGUGAAGCAAAACAAAUGAGAUGAGCGCUGGAUGCGGUGAUAGAAACUGGCCGAGUACGCAUUUGUGGCUCGUUAUUAUAAUUGGCUGAGCUCGAAGUGCUGCUUGGGAAAACUCAGGCCACGAUUGAGCGAACACUCUCAGCACGUACUCGAAGGGAACAGGCUACAAAAAAAUUUGCGCGUAAAAGAAAAAAUCUCCCGGCUAAAUAAGGUUUGAUGUAAAAAUAUUUGCUGUUGCAGCGUUAUUACUAAUCUCAAUGUUAACGACGAAUCGUCCAAGAGAGGAAAAAAGUGGUGAAGAUCGAUGUUUGCGGGAAUAUGUUUCGAAUAAAAUUAUAUAUUUACCAUCGCGUUGCGAUAAACACUGAAAAUAAAAGGGAAAAACGCA